ACGACUCAUCAAAAUUCCGCUUUACGCUACAAGCAAUGAGAUUCGAAAGAAUUACAUUAAUUUUAUACUCCCUAAAACUAUAUCAAUAGCCAUUGCUGUCUUGAGUGCCAAAGACCUUCACAGAACACCGUACCCAACAUUGAAUCCAAAUAUCUUCAGCAAUGGAACCUAACAAACCGGCUCUCAAAAUUGUUCGAAUAAGCUCUCGUGAGCAACUGGAAGAGCUUGUCGACUUUAUUUGCGAUGCCUUCAUGGAAGACGACCUGUUCUGUGCCAUGGUCCCUGGCCGCCAUGAACAUCCCGAAGCGGCUCGAAGCAUGUGGCGCAUGACCCUCGUCGAAGAGUACGGUAGGAAAGGCUCUAUCAUCCUAGCUGCUCGUCGACAAGGGGAGAAUGGCGAGGAGGGAGAAUUUGUUGCCUGUGCAGUUUGGUGUCGUUAUGGAAAGAGUGAUCUCGCUCGAAGUUGGCAGGGAGAUUACUGGAAUAAACGGAUUGCCAGGAUUGAAACUGCGUGGACGAUGUUCUAUCGUUUCUUCCUCCGACAAGCAGGUCCCGGAAUGGCACUAGACGCCUGCAUCGCAGCAGGAGAAGCCGCCGAGCAAGCCUACAAGUUCUACCCUUCUGAGCGCUGGCGUCUCGGCCUCCUAGCCACCUCGCCCAAAUGCCAGAGAACCGGCAUUGGAAAGCGCCUUGUCCAGUGGGGCCUUGACCGCUGCGAGGAGGAGGGAGUUCCAGCGGCGCUCGAGUCAAGUGUGUCAGGAAGGCCACUCUACGAAAAGAUGGGCUUUCGAGAGGUAGGCACCGUGAGCUUCUACGAAGGAAAGUGGUCCAUGCCUGCGAUGCUCAGACCUGUGGAGGAGACUAAGAAGACGGUUUAGGAGGCAGCUUUAUCAGAUUCAAAGGCCGAAGGCAUCGUUUGAGGCAACUGGGGCUCAGCGGUUGCGGGCAAGGACGUAUGCUCUAGAUGCAUGAUAGAUGGCGUGGCGUUUCAUUCCUGAUUAGUCGCAAGCUUUUGUUUUACUUGCUACACUAUUAAAUUCGUGACGGUGAAAACCAGGGGUUGGAACGACGCCUUGGAGAUGACGAGCAUCGGGCCUAGAAUGCUGGCAAAUUAGAAGGGCCUGGCUAUAAACUAAUGAGGUUUCCUCGCGUACCUGCCAGGAAACGUGCUACUCAUGACUGCACAGGGGUAUUGAAAACGGAUCUGGGUUGAUAGGUUUUAAAUUGGAGAGGAGAGCGUAAAACGUGAGGUGGUGGGAUUUUUGAGAGUGUUAUUUUGAGUUGAUAGACCUGACAGCUGAUGCUUGCAUCGCGCGCCCUACGGGAGGUGAGGUUGACAGGAUCAUCCUACUGCGAAACUGAUUCUUGCCUCGUGGGGUAGUGGGAUCUAACGAUGUCUCAGAACAUGAACACGCUCGUUGAGCUUAUGACUAUGGGGGACGCCAUGUGCUGUGCUGAGAAGCUAAGUUAUGCGUGGUCCUUAGUUACCCGAGGUAAGUAAGAUACAACACAUAACUUAGCUUCUCA